CAUCGAGCAAAGCAAAAGCCGGUGUAGACGCGAGCCGCCCGUAGUAUUUAGUAGUUAGUACUAGCCGAGCCGGUAACACGCGAGCACGUACGCGCGGUUUGUGACAAAGUUGUGUAAAAAAUAAGUGAGUGGGACGAAACAGACGAAACGACGAUAUUAUUAUCUGUUACACCAUCGUUUAUAAUAUCUACUAAAUCAAGAUGAAAUCUCUACCAAUUCUAUUCGGACUAAUAUUUUGUUUAGUGAGUGUGAGUGGAAGAAAUUUAAACGAAAACCUCGGCAAUGAGGAGCAAAGUGAAGGUGAAUCGGCGCAACCGGCGAGAGACCCGACCGCUAAGCAGUUGAUGAGACAUCGUCGAAGAUCGAGACAAUCGUUCUACGAUUACAACUACGAUUACAGGCGAGACCAUAGCAGACAGCAAGAUGAGACUUACAACCAAAUAAUAAGAUUGUUAGAUGAAAUAGCGUACAACUUGAGAAGACAAUCUCCUCCCCCACCUCCCCCGCAGCAGCCCAUCUACGUUCCAUACCCCGUACCAUAUUAUGUGCCACAGUACAUUGGCUGCAACUCAAACGCCAACAACACGAACAUUCCCUCAGGGUUUUUCAAUAGGUGGCCCGAAAUGGACGAUGAGAGACAAAACUUUGGGUUGGUGCCUGCAGAGACUGACACUGGUGACAACGAUGGUAUCCGACCUAUCUCCUUCGAUCCUAUACCUCCGGCUACAUCUGCCGUAAAGCCGCCACCGGUCGAACAUGGAUCCUCCCAAGCUGGGAUGGAAGAUAAAAAAACAACCCAAGUGAAGCAGCCAGGUAUAUGCAAGGCAGCGGUACUAAAUUGCUGCAACUUCAGGAGCAACGAAGACCAGCGGUCGUGUUUCCUGAAGCACGACUGCCGCAAAACCUAUGAGACUGGUCUCGCCUGCAAGCCUGAGGUUGUGAAGAGAGUCCUUCAGGAGUUCGCGGAAGCUUAUGCUCCGGUGACGAAUGAAGACCGGAUUAUUUGGCCUCGCCUAGGCCAAAGUAACAGUUUUUGGUAGCUAUCUGUAUCGAUUGUUAAGUAAAGACUAAGUCUUGAUACUUGAUGCCAUUAUUACUAAACGUUCCUUUAUUGUUAUCGUAAGACUAACAUUAAUUUAAGUUUAAUAUAUUGGUUCAAAUUUCACUAACACCAGUUAAAUAUGGUCAAUGAUUAAAUAUCAUAUUAUUAUUUAUUAUUAUCUCUCCUUUUAUGUAUUCAAUAAGAAUGAGAAGACAAUAUGAUAUUUUGACCAAAGAUUAACACUAGCAGGCGUUGGUGAAAUUCGAAAAACUACUACAGAAUAGAUGUAACAUGCAUAUGCGUUGAACGCUUUAAAGUUUAUUAAUUGAUUUAAUAAAUUAUAGUAACGAGAUUUGUAUAUUAUAAAUUUAUUAUGGAUGUAUCGGUUCUUUUUACAGUGCCUCUGAAAUUUUAUAGAUUGUCAGGAAUAUUGGUCUCAUUUAUUUUGGUAACGCGACAAAAUCUUCAUGUUUUGAAAAACCUAUAAAAUUUUAAUUUUAAAAUCUGGUAAUUUAAAAUAUUUGAAUUAUGUUAUUUAUUCUAAUGAUUCUUUACAAACUAGACAAUAGUGCAUUUAUUUUCAGUUGUAUUUGUUAGUUUAGUGACUCACGAUGAAGAUGUAUGUUUAAGAUGUCCAAAGUACGUAGUUUUGGGAAUGAUAUUAUGUCGUACCUAUGCAGCUAUAUGUAUUGCAAUUGAGAUUGCAUUACGUGAGUAUCUAAAGUCUUGUGUGGUAUUAGUAUGUUUCUGUUUAUUUAUGUCAUCUGCGUUUCUGUUAUAAUAGUUUGUUGUUCUUUUUUUAUCGUGCGUCACAAACUGAAUGUGUUUAGACACUAGACAAAAUAUAAUGCUGAUGAUCCUAGUCUGUACUUGUGUAAUAACAAUUUUUUAUAUA